AUGGGCAUGUCGCGUGUCCAGGAGAGGGGAGUUGCCCUAAUCAUGGGAUUGGCCGUUCAUUUUGGUAUAAACAAGAGUCCCCCAAGUUCUCAUAUGAGAGCUCUCAGGUGGGGACUUGAUUCUAUCUUCGGUCAUCAAGGUGUUGUUCUACCGUUCGGUAAUUUAGCGGAGGGAGACGCUUGA